AUGCAAUCGUUCGAGGGCGAGUUGAACCACUUGGCCAAGUUGGAGGAGUUCCUCCGAGUGAAGGGAUCGCGCAGGAUCUGCGAGGCGGACGAGAAGGAAGAGAUCAAGAACCAGGAGGAAGUCCAUCGCUGCGAACAGGAGAUAUCCAGGCACGACGCACUGCUAGAGGAGAUAUUUGGCUACGCCGGAUCCGAUAGAACAGCAACCAUCAUAAACAACUUCAACACUACGGAGAUCCAGAACUUCUCCAUGUUCGUGCUGCUCUGCGAGGUGCUGCAGGAGUCCAUCAUCAUGCGCCGUGAGCUGGAGAACAUCCGGCAAAGGAUUUUGGACCAACGCGACAUGAACGAAUCGCGCGACGACAAGCACGAUAAGAGACUCCUCGAGCUGAAGACCAACCUGAAUGAGCAGCACCGACGCUCGCAGGAGAUGGCAGAGAAGAACGAGACCGCAGAGGCCCUCAUCAUGAAGGUUCUGAAAGGGAUCGACGACCUUGUUAGACUUGCAAGAUGCGAUAUAACCCCACUACUUACGUUGCUGGGCAAUCACAAGGAGGUAACCAAGUGGAACGUCACCAAGUUCCUCAAAAUCCUCGAAGCGGAAGUCAAGAGCCUCAUAGAAGUCGUGUACGGUGCGGUGAAGCCCCCGGCUCCUACGCCACGAGGCCGCAAACCUGCCCCCGGAGCAGUUUCCAAGCUCGUCGCGGACCCCUAUGUCGAGCUUCUGCGGCCGAACACUAUCGACAAACUUGUACCUUAUCAACCGUGCGCUUAUUGUGUCGAGGACUACAUUAUGAACUUGGUAUUUGAAACACCAGCAGUUCCAGCUGACGAGGAAUAUAUACAAAGUAUUUUCAGACUUGAGGACGUGAACACCAAAUUUGGCAUAUAUACUUUGACUAUACCAACGAACAAGUCCGGAAAGGCAAAUAAAAGGAAAAUGAAGGGCGAGAAACGCAGAAAUUAUGACUCUUCACGCUUCAAGGAGGCUUAUAUGAAAGUUAUAAAGGAUAAUUGGUCAGUGUACAAGGCGUCGAAGGAAUAUAGCAUACCGUGGUCUACUUUGAGAAGACACAUAGCUACUCAUGGAGGUGAAAGUUUCGACUUACCUAAACUUGGGAGACCAUUUACAUUAGACAGCGACCUUGAAUUUUUCUCUUUACUUUCCGUUCCUGAGGUACCACAGUCUUCUUCUUCUAGUACCCGACGAGCUAAGCGGAAUCCACAGGCCCGAUAUUUAACACCUCAAAGCACGAACAACAUGGACAGUCCUGAAGAAAAAUCGUCGCCAUAUCAAACGAAACCACAGUCGCCGUUACCAGUGAGGAGACCGUUACCUCGAUUUCGUGUCCCCUCUGCUUCUCCAACUCCUGGACCUUCAACUGAAAGCAACCUGAAGCGUAAACUACCAAGAGUUAAGGUAGAGAAAACACCAAAAUCAAAUAAAAGUACGAUGUGUGACUAUUGCGGUGUUCACUACUCCCAAGAUGUGGCACUUAGGAACGGAGCUGUAUGGGUAGAGUGCAUGAGCUGCGGCAAAUGGUACCACCAAGAAUGUACUGGCACAGAGUCGCCACAGUUCCUGUGUGAUAAUUGUGAUAAAGUAGACUUUUCAGGCACUGAUGACAGUGAUUGGGCACCUGAA